AUGGCUGACUGGUUGGCAAGACCUUGGAUUGAAAAAGCUAUUUGUUCUUUUUACGAUAAAGAUGCAACUCAACCCAAGUUUGCCAGAGCUCAAAUAAUCCAGUUCAACAAGGUUCCCUGUGAAAAGAGUGCGUCUGCAGAGGCUCUGCUCAGCGACAAAUGGAUGUAUGCUAAAGCGAUUUUCACUCCGCAAGCCCUUGAAGAAUUUGAAAAAUCGCCAUCCAAUAUGUGUGAGUUUUCCCUGUGUGAYAUCAAAGGAGGUCUCAUAUUUUUGAAUGAGUACAGAGUCGUACCACAAGUGAAUUAUGCAAAGGGAGUGUGGGAACAUCUGUUGAUUGUCAACAAGUUCACGUUCAAAGGCAGUGAAAAAAGCUCUCAAUUUGGUUCGGAGCUCAUCAAUAGUGCUGCUCAUUCACCCUUUCAAGUGAGAAUAAAAAAACACUUCCAGCUCAAGCAGCUUGUACAGCUUCUUCAAAGRGAUAAUAAUAAGAAACUGGUGCUUGAUGAAAACAAGGCGUUUGAUAUUAAAGCCAUAACAGAUUCCUUUGUCGAAAGACAUCAAUUUGUUUUUAUUCCUGUURAACAGCGAAAACUACUGGACAACAUACCAGAGUGGAGAAGUGACUUCUGUCCUUCAUCAACAAUGGAUCAAUCAAAUUCCCUAAAUACUUCGUUGCCAAGCAACCAAAAUGUUCAGAAUKACGUAGGUAUGUCUCCUAUAUCCUAUCAAUCAAAAGAUCACGACGACCACCAACCCUCUACCUCGGGCUUGAAUACGGAUUCUAAUGACUUUCACUUCAGUUUAAAAGAACCGCCUUCAAGUGAUGGACAGUUUGGAUUAACCAAUUUAUGUGAUGAUGAUGGCACAUAUAUUAAGAUUCCUGACCCUGUAUCUUUAUCACUUGAAACGGAACAAAGGUCAUCGUGUAGUAGUAGUAGUAGUAGUGUCAACGUUACCUUGGAGCAACACUUGGGACAACCUAAAUCAGAAGUGUCGAGUCGCUUAAAGGGUAGCGUCUCUACUCUGGGAAAUAAAAUCACAACAAAUAACAAAAAUAAAAAGGAUAAAAGAAUGAGCGAAACUGAUAUGGAUAUUGAUGAGAAUUAUCAAUAUCUUCAUGAGGGGUACUCGUUGUCUAAGGGAAGUCCUGCAUCUAUUGUACCAGGACAAUUGGAAGAAAAUAGUGCGUCAGAAUUAACCGUUCAACCUCCAUUAAGUGCUUAUGGAACUCUUCUAGAUGUACUAGAAAACUUAGAGCAACAGUCAGAUCCUUUUGCCUGUACGUCCAACGCCAGAAAGAGAGAUUCUGUUGAAUAUGUUGUAAGAGAGGACGAAGAGGAUGAAGAAUGGAACAAAGCUACAAGCAAAGACAAGCAAGUAAAGCUUUCAUCGAUAGAGCUGGCUCUCGCUAACCAAAUGAAGAUGAGAAAUGAUUGGUUGGGUCGAUGUAGUAAGGCGGAGGCCUCUUUCCRCGAUUCUUCAUUGUCUGGCAAGCAAAUGGAAAAUUGCGAGGAAAGUGGUUUGAGACCCCAAAAAGAAGACAGUUCCCCACGGGGCGACUCAACCACUAAAGACAAGGCUGAGUUCUCUCGGUUCUGGUUGGAGUUCUCGCAGUCUCAAUAUCUUGAAGAAAGAGAGUUGGACGACACAGGAAACAAGGGUGUGGAAGAUCUUACGGCGGGUGAUAAGCUUGAAAUAGUUUUUGAGGAUUUCACAGAUGAUGGCAGGAAUAGGACUGUUAAGAAAGUUGUCAGUAUUAGUAAAGAAUCUUGCCAUUCAGGUGACAAUGAGGAUGGAAAUCGAGCCACAAAAAGCUUCCAAAAUGAUAAGAAAGAAGAUGAAGUCACAGGCAAACUGUUCGCAGACCUCGAGUCCCACGAACUGAAUAAAAAUCGUUCAGGAGGUUUUUCUAGUGGUUCAAAAGUGGUAUCUGAAUUUGGAAAAUCUAGUUAUUUUCCAGGAAUAGUUGAUGAUGGUCGUACAGAAUGCAAGAUAGAGGAAAUACAAGGUGUGGGGAUACCUGGUAAUACAAAUUUGCCACCAUCAAUGGACGGGUGCGUGGUAGUUGCAGAAAGUGAUGUAAUGAAAGGAAUGGGCUAUGGGAACAAGAGCUAA